AUGGCCUGCUCGGGAAAUGCCUGGCAUGGGGAGGGGUCUGUUUCAGACUCUGCUCCUGACCCGUCGCCCUUGUCCUCUCCCUCCAGCGGCGCCAGGAUGUCCCCAGUGACACUGCAUAAAGGCGCAUCCCAGGCACCAUCGCCAGUGUGUCUCCAGCCAGUCAUCGUCGACCAGGCACCAGGCACCAGGCACCAGGUAUUCCUCUCCCCACCAUGCCAGAGCCAACAAACACUCAAAGACAAGAGCAGCCGCAACCCCGUCACUGGCACAAAAAACGAGCGGGCGGAAAGUUUCGAAAGUCAAGCUGUAGGCGAAGGCAUCGUGAUCUCAUCCGAUCUCAUCUCGUCUCCAGCUCGACUCCUCUAA